AUGGGUGAAACUACUGGACCAAAAGAAGUCAUCUACUGUGGAGUGUGCUCUUUCCCACCAGAGUACUGCGAGUUUGGCGGUACCGUGAAACGGUGUAAAGACUGGCUUGAAAAGGCUCACCCUAGUCUUUACUCUCAACUCUACCCGAGCAACAGCGACUCCGUCAACACUCUGCCUAUGUCGUCAUUGUCUUUGGAAAAACAAGAAGAGCUUGAUCGCAAAAUACAAAAGCAGCAAGCUAAGGAGGAGGCCAAGGCUGAGCGUGAGCUGCAGAAGAAACUCGCAUCCAAGGUUCUGAUUAACCGUAAUGCCCGUUCUAAGCGUAAGGUUGUCAUCACAAUUCAAGGGUUAGAAGUAUUUGAUAUCGACAUUAAGAAGCUCUCAAAGACUUUUGCUUCGCGAUUUGCUACUGGAGCAAGUGUCACCAAGUCUGCGGAUGGGAAGGACGAAAUUGUCAUUCAGGGAGAUCUUGGAGAUGAAGUUGAACAAUACAUUACUGAUUUAUUGGAAGAAAAGGGAUUGACCGAGGUUAAAGUCGAACAAAUCGAGGACAAGGGCAAAAAGAAAAAAUCCGCUUAA